CGUUGUUACAUCAGUCAAUCGAGAAUAACUAAAGCGCAAUUUUAAUUUUCAACUAAAGCAUGAACUACGUAUUCUAUUUUAUUUUGGCAUGUAUAAGUCGUCAUAAUGUAGCUGGCCAUGGAUACAUGAUUGAACCUCCCAAUAGAUCAUCACUGUGGCGUUUAGCUGAAUUUAAAUCGAUAGUAGAACCAAAUUAUAAUGACAAUGGUCUGUUUUGUGGCGGACGAUGGAAUCUUGCAUCGAAUGGGGGUAAAUGUGGUGUAUGUGGAGACCCAUACCAAGGCCCAUACCCAAAUGAGGCCGGCGGGAUAUAUGCAAAGGGAAUAAUUGCAAGAACUUACAGAUCUGGGCAAGAAAUACCCGUCAAAAUUCAGAUAACAGCUAAUCAUCUAGGUUGGCACGAGUUCAGACUUUGUGUUAAUAACAAUAUUUCAAAGAAGAUAACCCAUGAUUGUCUUGACAAACAUCUUCUAAUAACCAGUGAUACCGGUCUUACUAGGACAAAGUUUUCUGCAAAUUCCGGGAUAAAAGAGUUGAAUUUGCAACUACCCAAGGACCUCGUCUGUAGUCAGUGUGUUCUUCAAUGGAAAUGGCGAACCGCAAACAGUCCUGGAGGUUCAGAAGAAGAAUAUUAUGGAUGUUCCGACAUAGCAAUUGAAAAGUCAGUCUUACCAACAUACUCAUCGUUGAGCACUAUCUUAAAUACAUCGAUCCGACAACCUACAAGAACCCAUCCGGUGGAUACGGUACAACAUAUAACAAGUACAGCCAUUCCAAUUAGUAGAAAAUGUAAAGCUAUUUCACCAGGGUGGAGAGGAAAUCCGUAUUUCGAUAACUGGUGUAAUAUUCAGUGUGGAAAUACUGACUGCAAAGAUCUCAGUAAAUUCUGUACUUGUGAUUAAUUUUUAUUUUUUUUAAAUAUA